AUGAAGUUCAACAUUUACAAAACGUCGUCGAGACGCAAGUCCCGCAAAUUACACUUCACAGCUCCGUCUCACAUCAGACGUCGCAUCAUGUCGGCGCCUCUGUCCAAAGAACUGAGGAGCAAGUACAACGUAAAGUCUAUGCCCGUCCGCAAAGACGACGAAGUCCAGGUUGUAAGAGGACAUUUCAGAGGUCAACAAGUUGGCAAAAUUGUCCAAGUGUACAGAAAGAAAUACGUCAUCUACAUUGAAAGGAUUCAACGUGAGAAAGCUAAUGGUGCAACUGUUUAUGUUGGAAUUCACCCUUCAAAGUGUGUCAUUGUAAAACUCAAGUUGGAUAAAGACCGUAAGAAGAUUCUUGACAGGAGAGGCAAAGGCAGAGCUCAAGCAUUGGCUCUCAAAGGAAAAGGAAAAUACACCGAAGAAUCUGCAGCAGCAGCCGCGAUGGAAACAUCAUCAUCAUAA